AUGGAGAAGUUACACCGUGCUGCAACAGUCACCAACAUCAAGAAUUUUAUUCCAAUCAUUCUAGAGAUGGAAAACGCUCAAUACGCGUCAUGGGCAGAACUAUUCAAAAUUCAUUGCCAGGCAUUUCAAGCCAUCGAUCACAUCCUUCCAAACGAGGUGCCAACUUCGGGAAAGCCAACCUCUGGAACAGAUGCCGCCAAAUACAAAACAACCACUUCUACACCCGAUGCUUCUUGGUCAAGAUUAGAUGCUAUAGUACUCCAAUGGAUUUAUGGUCCAUUUUCUACUGACUUACUUCACACCAUACUCAAGCCAGGUUCCACAGCCGCUCAAGCAUGGACAGCCCUAGCCAAUAUAUUUCAGGACAAUGCUAACUCCAGGGCUCUCUUCCUUCAAACCAAACUGACAAAUAAAAAACUAGCAUCCUUUCCAAACGUGAGUGCUUACUGUCAAGAAAUUAAAGUAUUGGCAGAUCAAUUAGCCAAUGUCAAUGCCCCUGUACCUGGUCAAACUCUUGUUCUCCAUCUCAUUGUCGGACUCACAGACCAGUUUGAUGGAGUAGCAACUUUUCUACAAUAG